AUGGCUCAUGCAGCAAAAGUCGGGGUGCAAGGAAUCCCUUGCGGGCCCGACGUUGGUGGGUCUGCAGAAAGGCAGCGGAAACAAACCAAUCAAUAUGGCCGCCUUCGCAUUUUUCAGCAGAACAUUUUUGCCCUUUUGGCCGACCCUUCUUACGAAGCUCUUUUUGAUGUGGUUAUUGUAGCGGAAAACCGAGAGCUACGCGCUCACCAAUGUGUACUGGCAGCAUGCAGCGAGUACUUCAAGCGGCUCUUCUGUGGUCCAGAGACCGCCAAACGAAUCGAAUUUCAGCAGCGCUGGCCAGUGGUGCAUCAGCUUGUACGCUGCAUGUACGGUGCAGACAUAGAAGGAGGCACUGAUCCCGAAAUCAUCUUAGAGGUGUUGGCUGAGGCCAGGAACCUGGAAGUCAACUGCCUUAGCAUCGAUGACUGCCUCUCUCUUAUAGUGGAUCAGCUUUCUGUUCAAAACUGUGCGCGCAUUUUGACGCACGAUGAAGUGGCUCACCACAAAGAACUGUCCCGACAAGUUUGUGGAUACAUUGUUAAGCGAUUUGCUGACGUCGUUCGAGCACCGUCCUCUCGGCAACAACUGCUGCAGAUGCCGCGCAACCAAAUCGUUUACAUGGUUAGGGAGCUCUGCAGGCGCUGUGACAACAACAGGGAUACAGAUCUCAUUGUUCGAUUCGUCGUCGAUUGGAGCUCGUUCGACACAGCAUGUGAUCUUUUGAGAGACUGUAAGUUGUGGGACUGGGCGAUUGAACCAGGAGCUCUUUCCAUUUUCCGCGAUGAAGAUACACCGUUAGGAGCGGUUCCGUCAAAUUUGUUAAGCGCAGCUCAAUGGCGCAUCAGCAAUUUGAAGAUUGCGCUGAGAGAAUCACUACCUGCCAAAUUCGUCUGUGGGACUUACUUUGACUGGAGUGUGCGGCUCGACGUUGGUGGGCAUACUAUACUUCGCAGAAAACGGACGAUUGACGCAGGCUUGGUCUGUACCCAACGGUUAUUGAAAAUUCGUAGUUUAACUGAUUCAGCUCCUAGCGUACAGGACUUGCACGCGGCAGGAUCAGAAGCACCACCCUUCACCAAUGGCAGCGUCCUGGCUGACGUAACGGAGGCUGAUGAGCUAACACUGAUGGUGCAGAUGACUGAAAUACCUUUGGUCUCCCUUAUUCUUUACUACUUCUCGUCGGACCUCAACCAAACACUUGCCCAAGAGGAUAUUCUUAACCGCCUACCCCAUAUUGAAUACCGCUGCCUAAGCUCCUAUACACUCUUUCAUCAAAAUGCUCCGGCUCUUUCUUCCAACUGA